AACUUGUCUGCUGAGCUUUACACCAAAGACGUCCAUUUCCUCAUGGAACUCAUCCAGGUAAUAUAUCUGUUAAAAUUAUUUUGGUUUACAUUUUCUUUUCUUUACAUAAAAGGGUAUCUUUAGGCAGCUGAGGAAGUGAAAAAAAACAAGUAAAAGCCUGGGUCGAAUCACUUGGGAAUUAGGGUUAUAAUCUUUUUAUCUUUGUCGUUCUUUGUGUCACAGAAUGCAGAAGACAAUGAGUACGUGGAGGGGGUGGAUCCAUCGCUUGAGUUUGUCAUAACCACCCGAGACAUCACGGCCACAGGAGCUCCAGCCACAUUGCUGAUGUUCAAUAAUGAGAAGGGGUUUUCCUCGAAAAACAUAGAGUCGAUUUGCAGUGUUGGGCGUUCCACCAAGAAAGGGAACAGGAAACGUGGUUAUAUUGGGGAGAAAGGAAUUGGGUUCAAGAGUGUCUUUCUGAUCAGUGCUCAGCCUUACAUAUUCAGCAAUGGCUAUCAGAUUCGGUUCAAUGAAGCGCCUUGUCCCCACUGCAGUCUUGGCUACAUUGUUCCUGAGUGGGUUGAUGAGAACCCAACCCUUUCUGGUAUUAGAAAGGUAUAUGGAUCGAGUUAUGCCCUUCCAACCACGACAAUCGUCCUGCCCCUGAAGCCUGACAAGGUCAAACCUGUGAAGCAGCAGCUCUCAAGUGUUCAUCCUGAAGUUUUGCUAUUCCUUUCGAAGAUUAAGUGUCUUUCUGUCAGGGAGGACAACGAGGAUCCAAGGCUUGAUACUAUAAGUGCAAUAGCUAUUACAAGUGAGACGAAUUUUGUAACAAGGAAGAACAUUGAUGCAGAGUCCUAUACUCUCUGUCUUUCUGCCGAGGAAAAGGGUGACGAGUUUGGAAGAGAAUGCAGCUACUAUAUGUGGAAGCAAAAGUUUCCAGUUAGGCAGGAAAACAAAGUGGAAAGGAGAAUGGACAUUGAAGAGUUGGUGAUCACGUUGGCUUUUCCAAAUGAAGAGCGUCUCCGUCGAGGGACGAUCUUACCUGGGGUCUAUGCAUUUCUUCCAACAGAGAUGGUGACCAACUUACCCUUCAUAAUUCAAGCAGAUUUUGUUUUAUCAUCAUCAAGGGAAACAAUACUUUUAGACAACAAAUGGAACCAAGGGAUUCUGGAUUGUGUGCCCACUGCUUUUGUAAAUGCAUUCAUCUCAUUGGUGAAAAUGACAGAAGAUGCUCCAGUAUCUAGUUUGCCUCGGAUGUUCACUUUCUUGCCUGUCAACAAUUCCUCGUAUCAGAGUUUUGAUGCCAUUAGGGAAUCCAUAAGAUUAAAACUGGUGGGUGAAGAUAUUCUUCCAAGUGAUGAGUCAUGCACGGAGCAGAAGUUUUUUCACAAGCCCCGUGAAGUGGGCAGGAUUAUGCCUGCUUUCCGGGAUAUUGUGGAGAAAGCAAGAAAGGAGGGGGUAGGCUUGCACAAUCUUUCAUCCCGUCGAACAUAUGUCUUGCAUUCUUCUUUUGAUGUUGUUAAAUAUGAUUAUAUUCUGGAAUUUUUGGGAGUUAGACCAGUCAACCCUGAAUGGUAUGCAAAGUGUAUCCAGAGUUCUGAUCUUGUGUUGGGAGUUUCUGAGGGCAUUUAUCUUGAGCUUCUUGUCUUCCUUGCUGAGAAUUGGCAGAACAUGUUCCAUGGUACCAACAUCAUGAACAUACCACUUGUCAAAUAUGUUGAUCCUUGCGGAAGUGUGUCUUUGUGCAGUAUCGGUGACUCCAGACGUCAAAGUCAGGGGGCAAUAUGCUGGUCACAUAAAUUUCGUAGUAUCUCAUGGUUGAUUGAUUGGAAUAGGGAAUUCACGGGUGUUGCCAACCAUUUUUUUCUUCCCGAAAGUACACAAAAAGCCAUUCGUUCAUGCUUUAGCAAAGAAAAAAUUUUGGAAUGGCUUCGAAACCAGGUGCAGGUUGUUCCUAUAAGUGUACAAGAGUAUGCAGCAGCUCUUAUUAACCAUCUUAGUAGCAAGCCGAAGCCUGUUGUAACCUAUGCUCACUUCUUAUAUCAUUCAUCGUUGAUGAACUUUGUAGCAGCAAAGGAAGUUGUUUCUUUGUGUGGCAUGAUGCCACUUGUAGACAACUAUGGUAAUGUGAUUGCGACCAGAAAUAGGGGGAUUCUUGUUCCAGCCAAUGGAAGCAAAUGGGCCAGUUUGAUUGGUUCUAAUCCACUGAAAGCUGGAGCCUAUAUUGAGUUAGGAGAAGACUACUUACGUCCUGGAAAUUUUGCUGGCCAAUUCACUCCUAAAAAGAAACUAAUGGAGUUUCUAGGAACACAUGCUGCUGCUUUAGAUAUCCCUUCUCUGCCUCCCCCUAAUGCUGCCAUUCCUGCUGUCUCUUCGCCACUCACAAAGGAAAACACUUUCUUGCUGUUGGAUUGGAUUCAGCACAUGAAAAACAGAGGAACGCCAAUUCCAAAGAAGUUUUUGCGAAGCAUAAAAUAUCGAAACUGGCUGAAAGUUACCAUAAAUGGCUCCUCUGGCUACAAACCACCAUCGCAAUCAUUUUUUUAUUCCGCCUCAUGGGGAAAUAUUUUGCAGAAUGAAUCUGUGUUUGUUGAUAUCCCGCUAAUUGAUCAGAACUUUUAUGGAGACAAAAUAAGUAUGUAUAGGGAGGAGCUGAAAACAAUUGGAGUGAUGUUUGAAUAUGGAGAAGCAUGUGAAUUUAUUGGGAAGCAUCUCAUGAGAUUGGCAUCUUCAUCAAUGUUAAGUAAAGACCGGAUGCUUUCCAUUCUUGAUCUCAUCAGAUAUCUGAGAACAAAAUUGCUCCCUCCUGAUGCAUUAAUCAGCAGUAUCAAGGAAGAAGCAUGGCUAAAGACAUCUCAUGAUUACAGAUCCCCAGAAGGAGCUGUUUUGUUUGACGAGGAAUGGAAAAUAGCUGAACAAAUAUGUGAUGUCCCCUUCAUUGAUCAAGCAUUUUAUGGCGAUCAAAUCCUUGGCUUCAAAGAAGAACUCCAGUUGCUUGGUGUUAUAGUUGGCUUCAGUGGAAGUUAUCAGCUUGUUACUGAAAACUUGAAAUCAUCUUCAUGCUUGACCUCUUUGAAAGCUGAUGCUUUUCUUUUAUUGCUGGAAUGUAUGCGACAUGCAAAAUCCUCUAAGAGCCUUGUUACAACCCUUAAAGAUGCGAAGUGUUUGAAGACAAACUUUGGUUACAAAUCACCGUCAGAAUGCUUUCUAUUUGAUCAUGAGUGGGGUUGUCUUUUACAGGUUUUCAGUGGUUUCCCGAUAAUUGAACAAGCUUACUAUGGUUGUAGCUUCUCCUCUUACAAAAAUGAGUUGAGGAGUUUAGGUGCUGUGGUGGAUUUUGACUCAGCAGUCAAAUCUUUUGCUAGCUGUUUAAGGCAACAGGCAUUGUCAUCUUCUGUUACAAAAGACAAUGUUUUGUCAUUUCUGUCAUGCUAUAGACAACUGAAGACAAUGUCCCAUAAGUUUCCCUCUGACCUCAAGAAUUGCAUCCGUGAAGAAAAGUGGUUGAGGACUCGGCUUGGUGAUUUUAGGUCUCCAAGAGAUUGCAUCCUCUUUGGUCCGAAGUGGGAAUCCAUCUCUCAAAUUGCUCUCCUUCCUUUUAUUGAUGAUAGUGACAAUUGCUAUGGAAAGGACAUUCACGAGUAUAGAGAAGAGUUGAAGAGCACUGGAGUAGUAGUCGAAUUUGAAAGUGGUGUGAAGUUUGUGCCUUCUUGUCUCUGUUUUCCUCAACGUACUCAUAGUGUAGCUCCCACAAAUGCACUUUCAUUGCUCGAAUGCAUGAGAAUUUUGUUGGAAGUCAAGGAUUACAGCUUCUCAGAGGCAUUUCAGAAAGAAGUUUCAAAAAAAUGGUUAAAAACCUAUGCUGGUUAUAUGAGUCCAGGUAAUAGCUUAUUGUUCGAUGAGAGUUCAGACUUAAAACUAACAGAUGGACCAUUCAUUGAUGAAGGGUUUUAUGGUUCUGAGAUUAGAAUGUACAGAAAAGAGCUCAAUUCAAUAGGAGUUACCGUUGAUGUUAAGAAGGGAAGCACAUUGCUAGCCAGCCACCUUGAUUUCCAUUCUGAUUUUGCUACAAUCAUUCGGAUAUAUAAAUUCUUGGAAAAAGCAAAAUGGGAGCCUGAUAGUGAAGCUACACGGAAAAUCUGGAUCCCUGAUGGAAAUGAAAAUGGAAGGUGGGUGAAACCUGAUGUUUGUGUUCUACAUGAUAAAGAUGGUCUCUGUGGUUUGCGGUUGAAUGUUUUGGAGAAAUACUAUGAGAACGAAACACUGCCGUUUUUCUCUGGCACAUUUGGUGUCAAAUCAAAUCCUUCACUUGAUGAUUAUUGUAAACUUUGGAAGGUCUGGGAAACUUCAGGACACCAAUUGUCACAUGAUGAGUGUUGUGCAUUCUGGAGAUCUGUUGUGCGGUAUAAGAGUUCAAAAACUGAAAGUUUGGUAAAGGUUCCUGUGGAUUCAGGUUCGGGUAGGAUAAUGUUAUUUGACAAGCAUGAUGUGUUUAUCGCUGAUGACCUUCAACUUAAGGAUCUGUUUGUGCAGUCCUCUUCUCGUCCACUAUUUGUUUGGUAUCCUCAGCCAAGCUUGCCUUCUUUGCCUCGGACUGUGCUGUUUGAAUUGUACAGAAAAAUUGGGGUUCGCACGAUAUCUGAGGCUGUACAGAAGAAAGAAUUAUCCUUAACUAAUGGCUUGGAACUUAAGCAGGUCAAUCUUAGAGAUGUUAUGAUUGGAAAAGAGCUUGUCCGACUUGUUCUUGGCUUUUUAGCAGGUUCUUCAAUGAAAAUGGAAGCUGACAAAAGGCAUGAAGUUAUUCAGUGCCUCCUCAAUCUCACUGUCCUUGAGACUUUCGAACCAGUUGCAGUGAGAUAUACUUUGUUACUAUCUUCAGGUGAAACCGAAGAAGUUAGAGCGAGUCAAAUGAUACGUUGGGACAAAGGGAGCUCAAAGUUUUUCACCCAGAAGAUGAACGAGUCUGCCGGGCAAAAGAAUCUCCUUGAAUAUGCUACUGAUUUCUCUAACGCAAUUGCUGAAGGAGUGCUGUGGGAAAAGGAAGAUCAGAUUACUUCACUCUCUGAGCUAAUCAAGCUGGCCUUUCUUCUAAAAUUCAAUGGAGAGGCUGUUGGUUUCUUGAUGAAAUCCAAGAAUUUGCAGGUGUUUGUGGAGGACGAGGAAUUCCUUUCUGCUGCCUUCCCAAAUGAAUAAGGGUAUGCUACGAACUACUAAUGUUUUGUAAUUUGCAUGUAUGCCUUCUU